AUGCAUAAUAAAGACAAUCCUGAUGCACUUCCGGUGUGUUCUGGAGAGCACUUCACGUGUUCUUCGGGUCGAUGUGUACUGAAGACGUGGUUCUGUGACGGAGACAACGAUUGCGGCGACAAUUCCGACGAAAACGACUGCAAAGCCCGAGACUGUAGUACUGAUCGAGAAUUCAAGUGCGCGAACGAGCGGUGCGUCCGAACGGAAUGGCAAUGCGAUGGAACCGAUGAUUGCGGCGACGGUUCCGACGAAGAGUGUAUGGGCCGGCCGUGCGCUGCCUCCGAGUUCAGGUGCCAUUCGGGCGGUUGUGUCUCAAUGUCUUUCCAUUGCGACGGCGAGACAGACUGUGUGGACGGCUCGGACGAAGUGGACUGCGAACUCGUCCCCAUUGACCACAUCUCGUGUCCGUCCGCUCAGCACCGGUGCCGAAACGGCCGCUGCAUUAGCGAAGCCUAUCAUUGCGAUGGGGAUAACGAUUGCGGCGACUGGUCUGAUGAGACCAAGUGUGAGGGAAGAGUUGAAUGCCGUUCUACUGAAUACCUGUGCAGUGAUGGCCAGUGUAUUAACAUUGACUGGAAGUGUGACGGAGACCCCGAUUGCGAGGACAAGUCCGAUGAACUUAAUUGCCCGUCCAAAUCGUGUACAGCGGAAGAGUUCCGGUGCCGAAGCGGUCGAUGCAUUUCCAUACAGUGGCGCUGCGAUGGAGACAUCGAUUGCAGCGACAACUCGGACGAAGACGGCUGCGCCGCCCGAAGCGAGUGCACGACCGGUACGUUCAAGUGUACGGACGGCACGUGUAUUAAUCAGAUGAAUGUAUGCAACGGAGCGCCCAAUUGUCCGGACGGGUCCGACGAGGACGCGAACGGCACGUGCGCUUCGGGUACGCCGUGUCGUGAGGACGGCUUUCCCUGUCAGCACUUAUGCAUAGCCACAGUGAAUGGCCAUCACUGCGCCUGCAAAGAGGGCUAUCAAAUGGGAUACGACGGCCGGUCGUGUAUGGAUGUGGACGAGUGCUUUCAGACCGAACAGCUCUGUUCCCAGCGCUGCGAGAACUCUGUGCCAGGAUUUCAAUGCUUUUGCGCCAAAGGCUAUAAAAUACGGGCCGACAAACGCCGGUGCAAAGCGCUCGGACCCGAACCCAUCAUUGUAUUCGCCAAUCGUAUUGACAUACGAAGAGUGUCUUUGGAUAACUCCGAGUAUACAUCGGUUUUGGGUAAUCUCCAGAACGCCAUCGCCAUUGAUUAUCACUACGAAUUGGAUCUUAUAUUCUGGUCGGACAUCACCGCCGAUGUCAUAUACAAGGCGUCGCUCAACGGAACCGAUAGGAAAGCUAUAGUGAGCGCUGGUCUGGUCAGCGCCGGCGGUAUUGCCGUGGAUUGGGUGUGCGAUCGCAUAUUUUGGACCGAUUCGGGCACUUCUCGGAUAGAGUUCUCUAAUUUGGAGGGAAUGGAUAGGAAAGUGCUCUUUUGGAAAGGUGUGGAAAAGCCGAGAGCUAUUGUCGUCAAUCCGGACGACUCGACACUCUUUUGGACCGAUUGGGGACAACAGCCGCGCAUUGAGAGGGCUUUUAUGGACGGAACCGGACGGACGGCUAUUGUGGAGACGUCUCUGUUUUGGCCAAACGGUCUCACUAUAGACCACCCGUCGCACCGACUCUAUUGGGUUGACGCCAAACAUCACGUCAUUGAGUGCUCUAAUCUGGACGGAAGUGAUAGGAGACAUGUCAUCGAAGGUGAUUUACCACAUCCGUUUGCCAUCACUGUCUUCGAGGACAGUCUGUAUUGGACUGAUUGGCAGACAAAAGGCAUACAAACGGCGAGUAAACUGAACGGAAAGAACAUAUCUUUAGUGCACAACAAACUCCACUUUCCGAUGGAUAUUACAAUUUUGCAUCCCUUAAGACAACCCGAUGUCAUCGACAGGUGUGCCGCACACGAGUGCAGUCAUAUAUGUUUGCCAAACAAUAUCACCUAUCGGUGUGUCUGUCCGACCGGUCAUCACUUGACCAGCGAUGGCAAGACAUGCGGCGCCAAAGCCGACACAUUCCUACUGUUCACGCGUCGAAUCGAUAUUCGCCUCAUUUGUAUCGAGUGUCCCGAAGAGGACAAUAUUGAUGUCGUCCUUCCGCUCAAAGACAUCAAUAGCGUUGUGGCCAUCGAUUGCGAUCCCGAGUCGUCGACUAUAUUCUGGUCAGACGUGACCAACAAGACUAUAAACCGGGGCCUUUGGAAUGGUAUGAGUCAGGAGACAAUAAUCUCGAGCUCAAUAGAGUCGCCGUCGGGUCUGUCUGUGGACUGGGCGGCCAGGAAUAUAUAUUGGGUCGACACCAGCCGUAACUUCAUCGAAGUGUCCCAAAUGGACGGCUCGAUGCGAUCGUUGCUCAUAUGGGAAGCGCUGGAACAGCCUAGAGAUAUAGCGGUCGACCCGAACAGUGGUCUCAUGUUUUGGUCCCAAUGGGACAAAUCAAACGCCAAAAUAGAGAGGUCUGGUAUGGAUGCCUCGCAACGAAAAACUCUUCACUCGUCUAACUUAACACAUCCGCACGGAUUGGCCAUCGAUUCGGUGGACAAGAAGUUGUAUUGGAGUGACGCCGGAACCAAACACAUUGAAUACUCUGAGUUUGAUGGAUCCAAACGACAAACGCUUAUAUCUCGUAAUGUGAAACAUCCGUACGGUUUGGUUAUUUAUGGCCAAUAUAUCUAUUGGACAGAUCUGGAGCUCAAAUCCAUUCAAAGCGCGCACAAAACAAAUGGCGAUCAAAGAAAGACAUUAAUCGCUGGUUUGGAACAAUUAAUGGAUAUUCAAGUUUUCGACAACCGCUUGAUUGAAGCCAAGAGCGAUGUGCGGAAUAUGUGCUCAAACGCCGGUUGCAGUCAUUUGUGCCUUUUAUCGCCGUCCGCACCGGGAUAUCGGUGUUCGUGUCCGACAGGUGUUAGACUUUCAAGCGAUGGCAAGACUUGUGCCUCAGAUAUGCAAAAGUAUUUAGUGGUUGCCGUCAGGAAUACGAUUCGCAGGAUUUCACUCGAAGUGCCCUAUUAUGCAGAUGUUGUCCUUCCCCUCAACCAACAGCUAAAUAAUGCAAUCAUUGUCGACAUUCACGUCGAAAAUAACAGUGUCUUCUGGUCUGAUAUCAAAGAGGAUAAGAUAUACAGAGCGGACAUGACUACCGGUACUGUUGAGGUUGUGAUAGGCGUUGGUCUGUAUGACGUGAACGGACUGGCGGUCGACAACAGCGGCAAAAAACUUUACUGGACUGACGCCGGAAGGAAGCGGAUAGAGGUGUCCAAUUUGGACGGCACUGACCGUCGAGUACUCAUUUGGCAUGAGUUGGACUCUCCCCGAGCCAUAGCAGUGAAUCACUUCACUGGUCACAUGCUUUGGGCCGAUUGGGGCGCACAGGUUAGGAUCGAGAGGGCAGACAUGGAUGGCAGCCGUAGGGCUGUGAUUGUGAGCGAGAGACUCGGUUGGCCUAACGGUAUAACCAUUACCAGAAAGGGUCGGUUCAUUUGGGCCGACUCUCAAACACAUACCAUCGAAAUGGCAGACAUUAAUGGUGUGAACAGAAAGCUACUGAUGAGCGAAGUGCCGGCGCCUUACGGCGUGGCCGUCAUCGAUGACUACGUGUAUUGGACUGAUUGGGAGACCCGAGCCAUACAUAGACUCAACAUCGUGUCCAAUGAGCCCAACCCAGAGAUUAUACUCAGGGGUCUCAAUAAUUUAGUGGAUAUCCGGGCCGUAAACACAAUGGCCAACGACUCGCAUAUCAUACACAACAUGUGCCAAAUCAAUAACGGCGGCUGUUCUCACCUCUGCCUUAGAAACAGUGCCAAAGGCUACUCAUGUCUCUGUCCCACAGGAAUGGUCCUCUACAACGACGAGAAGACCUGUAACCCGAACUUAUCGCGUCAACUGUUGGUAACUACCAAAACAACUCUUCGGCGAAUAUCAUUGGACACCGAAGACUACAGUGAUGUAUACCUAUCAGCGCUCAAUAUACACGAUUCAGUGGCAAUAGAUUACGACUUUUCUACAAAGAAGAUAUAUCAGUCCGAUCUGGCCUUAACUCAAAUCCGAUCCUUCGAUUUCGACGGAUCUAACGCUCAAAUACUGGUCAAGAAGGACGUGUCGGCGCCCAAUAGUAUAGCGUUUGACUGGCUUUCGAAGAACCUAUACUGGAGUGACAGCAGCCGUAAUGUCAUACAAGUCUCGCGACACGACGGCUCGUAUCGCAAAGUAAUCAUCGAUUUAGAUCUCAAUGAUCCCAAAGCUUUGGCAGUAUUGCCAGCCCUGGGCUUCUUGUUUUGGGUCGAUUCCGGUUCUGUCCCUAAAAUAGAAAGAGCUUAUUUAGACGGUAGUAGUCGUCGAGUGAUCAUAGCCUCAGACAUGGGUCGGGCUAAUAGUCUGACCAUAGAUAUGGAAAAUCAUCGCAUUUUUUGGGCCGACUCUCAAUUGGAUCGCAUAGAAAGCGCAGAUUUGGACGGAAAGUAUCGAAAUAUACUAAUCAAAGAUAUGGCACAUCCCUAUGCGGUCACGAUUAUGGAUCAAUACGUCUAUUGGUCUGACUCUCAUUCAAAAGCCAUCGAAAGGGCCAACAAAGUGACCGGUGCUGAUCACGAGACCAUUUGUGAUAAUAUUGAAAACUUAGUCGAAAUCAAAGCCGUGUCUCUCAAUCGGCAAACCGGUGCCAAUCCGUGCGCUCUACACAACGGCGCCUGCAGUCAUCUCUGUCUCUUCAGACCACAAGGUUAUGUAUGUGCCUGUCCUUCAUAUGGCGACUCCCGGCCCUGUUCUACAGUUCCGGGAGAACUUGUUUCACAACAAUCAACGCAAUCAACUGUUCCUUCAGACGAUGUCUCGACAAGUGAUGGUUCCGUAAACAGCGAUUCAGAACUCCUAACCGAAUAUCCGGCCAAACAUAUCAAUCUGACAUCUCUUUGCAAAGAACACACAAAUCUAUCCAAUUGUCAAGUAUUGGGAUCAGACUUCGACGGACAUCUGUUACGAGCCGUAUAUAUCUCGGCUCUCAUUGCCUUCGUUUUGGUUAUAAUAAUUAUAAUUAUCGUUACAAUCGUAUUAUGCAAAAAGAAAGGAACGACAGACAGAAUAGACAGAGAAAGUAAUGCCAAUCCAUAUCCAGAGGACUGCUAUAAACCAAAAAAUCUUCAAAACGAUAUGAAUCUAAGCCGACAGACAUCUGAUAAUAUUAAAGACUACGAACAGAUCGAUAGUUAUAUACCUCCACCGCCUCCGCCGCCAUUAACCGGCCAUCGAUUAUACAAUAAAUUGAGUCCUCAGACGAACAGCUCUUCAUACUUGUCGCCCGAAUGGAAGCGCUCUAAUAAUAAGCAUUUAAUGCCUACAAAUCUGCCAUUAAUUAGGAAUACUUCGAAAAUUUCUAUUGAAACUGAUAUUUAA